ACGCUCGAACUCCUAGUCCCGUAUCGCAUUUAUUUCCUCGUGUCACAAAAUGAGCCGCGCAGGUUAGCGGCGAAACGCGUUCGCCGCGACCUCUCGACCCGCCACCUUUGAUUCGUCGACCGAAAUUGACCCCGAAAGUAGCGGCGCAGGCGGAAAAAAAAAAUCGAAACCCUAAUGGCGGAAGAACCAGGCAAGAUCGAAUCCAUCAGGGAAUGGGUCGUGCAGCACAAGCUCCGAACCGUUGGGUGCCUUUGGCUGAGUGCAAUUGGGGGCUCAUUCGCUUACAAUUGGUCGAGGCCUAAUAUGAAAACAAGCGUUAAGAUUAUUCACGCAAGGUUGAAUGCUCAGGCUCUCACACUGGCUGCUUUAGUUGGAGCAGCAGCAGUCGAGUACUUUGAUCGUCAAUCCAGUUCAGGGCCGAAGAUGGACAAAUAUGAUAACCAAUUUUUGUCAAAUCAACACAGGGACUAAAGAUACCCAGCAACUGCUUGACUGCUAUUAUUCCUUAAUUACAUUAGUUUUUGAAAGUAUACUUGAUCUACACAUAAAAAGGAUGACCAAUUCCUGACUGGUUGUACUAUUGCAAUUGCAUGAAGCUCCUUUUUUAGCAAGGGGGAGUCGUAGAUUUCAAUUCUACAAUAUAUUGUUUACUUCCAACCAUUGUACUGAGAAUGUAGUAUUCAGCAGUGCUUACAAUUGUUAUGCUUAUUUUUUCUGAUUUUCUUAUUCAAAUGUAUUUUGACUAUGUGAAGUUUCCCGCACUUCUUGCGCUUACAAUUGUUGUGCUUAUUUUUUCUGAUUUUCUUA